AUGGCGCAUCCUUCACCCUUCAGCCGACCAUGGACCAAGUCAUUUAUCCCUGUCGGAGCACUCACAGUGCUUGUAAUCUUUUUCUUUGCACUACAUUAUAAUAGCAACGUCCAAGGCGAGCAAUCAGUAGCACCUUACCCCGGUGGAAAACUGUCGCAUGGCGAGCUUGUUGCAGCACCCUCCGCCUCUACGAGCAAGCACUCAACCGUGGAGCAUACCACCAAAGUUAAAAGGAAAGUCAUCGUAACCUCAGUCACUCGAAAGAAUGAGACGACAGCAGAUUGGCUCACCGAGUUCUUGCCUGACUGGGAAGCGACAGUCUAUGUCGCCGAUCGUACUUCUGACGAGGAACCGCUGCCGAACACAUCACCUAUUAAGAAGCACUUCCUUCCCGUGAACCAGGGUCGAGAAGCAGCGGUCUAUUUGACUUAUAUCAUACAGCACUACUACAGUCUGCCUGAUUACAUGGUCUUCAUCCACGGCAAGCGAUAUCAGGUACACAAUGAUGAGCCUAUGCUCGAUACCCUUCCUUUGAUCCAGAAGCUCCGCCUUGAACAUGUGGACGAAGAAGGCUACGCAGCUCUGCGAUGCAACUGGAACCACUGUCCGAAGGUCGAGGUCGUACCAGCACUCAACGAGGAUGACGACUUCUGGUCGUUCGAUGGUCUGUAUGCAAAAGCAUGGACCAAAUUCUUCCCACACGAAGACCUGCCUACUGGCGUCACUGGUCCAUGCUGUGCACAGUUCGCGGUGACGCGCGAGGCUGUUGAGCGAUGGCCAAUUGCAAAGUAUGAACAGAUACGGCAUUGGAUGUGGACAGUCGAGGGUGUCGAAGAAGUCAGCAUGAAAACGGGAUUGGUGUUAGAAUACAUGUGGCACAUCAUCUUCGGGAAGCCGCACUACUACUGUCCAGAUACCGAAAAGUGUUGGUGUGAGAAAUUUGGCAUGUGCGAUUUGAAUUGCGAGCGGGACGGGUGGUGUUUGGGACAAUCGUGGUUGAACCCUGAGAAAAACCCACACAUGGGUCUUUCACAAGACAUUCCAACCGGCUGGCCAGAAGAAGGACAGUCAGAGCCUGGCAAAGGCGGAUACUUCCCAUAUGAUGGCUGGUGGCUAGAUCCGGAAGAGAUUUUGAACCAUUAG